AGAUCCUUUCACUUGAAGCUCUGAUCCCUUUCCAACAGCAUCUUUUAGUCUCUCCGUAUUCUCAAGACCCUUGGGAUUACCGUCUCGGACCUUGGCGUCCUCCCAAAUACCUGUUUCAAUCAUCGCACGGCCCGUCUACGACCUUGUCUCCGACGCUAUCGUUGGAAAUCUGAUUCUUGGGAUUUGACACAGUACAUACAUAUGCACACAGUUUCUUGCUAGUUCUUCUCGUCGAAACAAAAAGUACCAGCUGAAGCCAACGGUGAUUCUUGAAAGCGGGAUCCGUGAGUCAGGCCAUGGAGCUGUGCGGAUCGAUAGCUCGGCCUUCGCCGGGGAGCUCAUUAGAUCAGAUUAUCGGCCCUGCAAAUCUCGCAAGACCACGAGGGUUCAAACUUGCAUCAACACGGUGCUCAAACAAAGCUAGUGUCUGCCGCCAUUCUCCGAUCUGCCACGCUGGCAUCUGUGGCAGCGUAGGACAGCAGGGCAGUAGCAGCGGCAUGUUAGAAGCCCAGCGACGUGGUUUUUGGGGACAGCAGCUGCAGCGGCAGCAAACAGUAGCACCAGGCAGGAGCCGACGGAAAGAUGCAGGGAGAAGGGGAGUGUUGGAACGGGAGAGUGCUCACAGAAAGGAUCGGCUGUGUUGCUGUGCCGCAUUGGGGGGUGAUGAAGCUUCUGUUCCUGAGAACGGUGCUGCUGCCAACAGUCCUGACAUGCCAAGCAGCAUGAGCACGGUGGAGAUGGAGGUGCUCUCGGAAUCAGACUCCGAGGAGUUCUUUGCCAGCGAGGCAGACGACGAUCCUGACCGUCCAUCUCGAGGGCUUAACUCCAUCUCCGAGGCCAUCGAAGCCAUCCGACGUGGCGAGAUGGUGGUGGUGGUGGACGACGAGGACAGGGAGAACGAGGGUGAUCUGAUCAUGGCAGGCGCGCUCACCACAGAGGCGGACAUGGCCUUCAUUGUGCGGCACUGCAGCGGGCUCGUCUGCGCGGGCGUGGCAGGGGCCGUUUUGGACCGUUUGGAACUCCCUCUGAUGGUUCGCUCGCAGGAGAAUGAAGAGGCGUUAAGGACGGCCUUUACGGUGUCAGUGGACCUCAAGCCCGGCACCACCACGGGCAUAUCGGCCUCGGACCGGGCCAAGACGGUGCGGGCACUGGCGGACUACUCCAGCGAGCCCUCGGACUUCCGCAAGCCCGGCCACAUCUUCCCCCUGCGCUCCCGAGAAGGCGGUGUGCUCAAGCGGGCGGGACACACAGAGGCAGCAGUGGACCUGUCGGUGCUGGCAGGGCUCCCCCCCGUGGGGGUGCUGUGCGAGAUAGUGAAUGACGAUGGCUCCAUGGCUCGGCUGCCGCAGCUCAAAGUGUUUGCUCGCGAGCACAACCUGUGCCUCAUCUCCAUUGAAGACCUCAUCAGGUACCGGCGCAAGCGGGAGAAGCUGGUGGAGAGGACUGCGGUGGCGCGGCUGCCCACCCAGUGGGGCGUGUUCAGCAUCUUCAGCUACAAGAGCAAGCUGGACGACAUAGAGCACGUCGCCAUGGUCAAGGGCGAGAUCGGUGAUGGUGUGGAUGUGCUGGUGCGCGUGCACUCAGAAUGCCUAACUGGAGACAUCUUCGGGUCGAGGCGGUGUGACUGUGGGCCGCAACUGGAGCAGGCUAUGAAGAGGAUAGAGAUGGCAGGGCGGGGCGUGUGCGUGUACCUGAGAGGGCACGAAGGGAGAGGCAUCGGUCUGGGGCACAAGCUGCAAGCAUAUAACCUGCAGGACAUGGGGCGGGACACAGUGGAGGCCAAUGUGGACCUGGGCUUUCCAGUUGACUCCAGGGAAUAUGGCAUCGGCGCUCAGAUCCUUAGGGACUUGGGUGUGCGAACAAUGAGGCUGAUGACCAACAACCCCGCCAAGUACAUCGGGCUCAAGGGGCACGGUCUCGCAGUGACCGGCCGAGUGCCUGUUCUCUGCCCCAUCACCCCUGAGAAUCGAGCCUAUCUGGAAGCCAAGAGAAAGAAGAUGGGGCAUAUCUAUGGGAGCGACAUGCCUGGAAGCAUUGCAGGGAUUCUGAGGCAGGAAGAGGCAGCCGGCCGAGCACAGCAGCAGCAGCAGCAGCAGCAGGGGGAGGAGGAAGGGCAGGUGGAAGGGCAGGUGAAAGGGCAGGGAGAGGGCAAGGAGGAGCUGCUGCAGCAGCAGCUGAAUGGGAAGAGCGUGGGAGGGGAUGGGAGUCCGCUGGAAAGCACUGCUUUUAGCACACCAGAGGAGUGGAGCUAGGUGGAGCUUGGUGGAGAUAGGUGGAAGUAAGGGGCUAGGUGCAAGAAUGGAGGGAUGGAGGCAUGGAAGAAUGUGUAGCAAUACUAUAGUCAAGUGCUGCAUUACUGUAGCUAUUAGCAAAAACAGCAUGCUACUUAAGGGAAGUUCUGCUGCAAUCUUGCGGCUUGUCUUUGCAUUGGCAAGGAUGCUUUUAAGACAUGCUAUUUUAGGAGUUCGCUUGCUUGCAGGCUCCUGCAUGACAAUGCUCA